GGCUAUCGCCUCGACAAUGUAGUCGGACAAGCCGGGCAGGCCCUGUUUCUUGGAGAGGCACAGGUAGCGCGUCACUUUGCGCCCGAAGAAGCCAUCCUUCCAAAGGUCGGCGUCCGAGUCCUGGUCGUGCGUGCGCGAAACCUUGCGAAAAAGAAAUAAACAAACUCUGUUUAUUUGGUUUUCAGUGAUGGGAAACAUAACAAAGGGCAAAAAGUAUUUGUUUAGUCGGGUUGUUUUACGGAAUUGAAGGCACGCCUGUGGUCUCGACCGCAAACCAAACAAACGAUGGUGAAAUCAAAGACCCUUCUUGGUCAGUCAAAGUUAGAGAUAAUGUUUUUCCUCAAUCUAAUAGCCACUGUCCUCUUUUUCCAGCUGUCAAUUUCUGGAGUGAAAUGUGGCCAGUAUGUGACGAUAAACGAAACUCUUUACUUCUUGGAAGGCUCGAAUUUGGCCAACUGGUAUGAGGCAAACACUGAAUGUCUGAUGAAUGAGAUGACUUUGUUAUCACUCGAGACCAGGAUAGAAAAUGAAAAUGUGAUGAACUGGUUAAACUCAACAGAGUUUUACAACACUUGGAUUUGGUCUGGAGGAAUUCGAAGAGAAAAUGAAAAUGAGUGGAAUUGGAACAAAAACACUGACAAUAUAACCAUGACUUAUACAAACUGGGGACCAAAUCAACCGAAUGUGAUACAGUCGGAAGAAUCAUGCAUGAACUUUGCUGCCGAGUAUGGGAAGUGGGAUGACGAUCAGUGCAACGAUUAUUCUCAGGCCUUCAUGUGUGAAAGAAAUAAUACUGAAGUAACUACAGAGGGUGGUACAACCACUACAACCCAGGGUUCAACAGAAGGAACACCAGGAGCAACAACAACAAUACCAGGAAACACAACAACAACACCAAGACCAACAACAACAACACCAGGAGCAACCACAACAACAAGAGCAACUACAACAACAGUAGUUGCAACUUGAUUGAACAAAUUAUACAUUUUCCAGUCAUAUGUUAUGUUGUUUAAAAAAAUUAUAAUGGAUUAAAUUUACGCAAAAUUGAAUUUAAAUUGACAAAUAUUUUUAAGAAAUAAAAUAUUUGAAAAUUAUUAAUGAAGCUGCAUAUUUUUUUACGCUGUAUAGUUGCAUUAAAAAAUUAAAAUACA